AUGGCGGACGAGGAGGCCGAGCGGGAGAGGCCGGGCCGCGGCGGCGGCGGCGGCUGCGCGGCGGAGCUGGCGCGCCUGGGCGAGCGGCUGCAGGAGCUGGAGCGCCGGCUGCGGGAGAGCCGGGCGCCGGCCGUGGACGCGGCCACCGAGUACUGCCAGCAGCUGUGCCAGACACUCCUUGAAUAUGCAGAGAAAUGGAAAACUUCAGAAGACCCCUUACCUUUACUGGAGGUAUACACAGUGGCUAUCCAAAGUUAUGUUAGCGCUCGGCCUCACCUUACUUCUGAGUGUGGAAGCGUAGCCUUGGUUCUGGAGCGCUUGGCACUGAGCUGUGUUGAACUGCUGCUAUGCCUACCUGUUGAGUUCUCAGAUACACAGUGGGAACAGUUUCAGACUCUGGUGCAGGUAGCUCAUGAAAAGCUGAUGGAGAAUGGCAGCUGUGAAUUGCAUUUUUUAGCUACUCUAGCUCAAGAGACUGGGGUGUGGAAAAACCCGGUACUAUGCACUAUUCUUUCCCAGGAACCAUUGGAUAAGGAUAAAGUGAAUGAAUUUUUAGCUUUUGAGGGUCCCAUCUUAUUGGAUAUGAGAAUUAAACAUCUCAUCAAAACAAAUCAGUUAAGCCCAGCAACUGCUCUAGCAAAGCUGUGUUCUGACCACCCAGAGAUCGGUUCCAAAGGUAGUUUCAAGCAGACUUACCUUGUCUGUCUUUGCACAUCAUCACCAAAUGAGAAACUAAUCGAAGAGAUUUCAGAGGUGGACUGCAAAGAUGCGCUGGAGAUGAUCUGUAACUUGGAGUCAGAAGGGGAUGAGAAGAGCGCACUUGUUUUAUGCACUGCAUUUUUAUCACGACAGCUUCAGCAGGGAGAGAUGUACUGUGCCUGGGAACUCACUCUGUUUUGGAGUAAAUUACAGCAAAGGGUGGAACCAUCUGUGCAAGUGUACCUGGAGAGGUGCCGUCAGCUCUCUUUGUUAACGAAGACAGUAUAUCACAUUUUCUUCCUGAUUAAAGUUAUUAAUUCAGAGACUGAAGGGGCUGGACUUGCUACCUGCAUAGAACUGUGCGUCAAAGCUCUUCGCCUAGAAUCUACAGAAAAUACAGAAGUGAAAAUAUCAAUUUGCAAGACCAUUUCCUGUUUGCUGCCUGAUGAUCUGGAAGUUAAACGUGCUUGUCAACUGAGUGAAUUUCUCAUUGAGCCUACAGUAGAUGCAUAUUAUGCUGUGGAAAUACUGUACAACCAGCCAGACCAGAAGUAUGAUGAAGAGAAUCUUCCUAUCCCAAAUUCUCUACGUUGUGAACUUUUACUUGUUUUGAAAACUCAGUGGCCCUUUGAUCCGGAAUUCUGGGAUUGGAAGACCUUGAAACGACAGUGUCUUGCACUGAUGGGAGAAGAAGCCUCCAUCGUGUCUUCAAUCGAUGAACUAAAUGACAGUGAAGUAUAUGAGAAAGCAGUCAACUUCCAGGAAGAGACUUCGGUGAGCGGACUUCCUGGGGGAGUCAGUGCCAACCCUAGUCUUCUUAAAGACACUGGCGAUGAAAAGCAGAAGAAGAAGGAGAUAAAAGAGUUGAGAGAGAGGGGAUUCAUAUCUGCCAGGUUUAGAAAUUGGCAAGCCUACAUGCAGUACUGUGUGCUAUGUGACAAAGAAUUCCUUGGACACAGAAUAGUGCGACAUGCUCAGAAACAUUACAAGGAUGGGAUCUACAGUUGCCCUAUAUGUGCAAAGAAUUUUAAUUCUAAAGAAACAUUUGUCCCGCACGUUACACUACAUGUUAAGCAAUCGAGUAAAGAGAGACUAGCAGCUAUGAAACCAUUAAGAAGACUGGGCCGACCUCCAAAGGUCUCAACCACCCAUGAGAAUCAAAAAACUAACUCUGUGAUGAAACAAGAACAGCGGCCUAUAAAAAAGAACAGUCUGUAUUCAACAGACUUCAUAGUGUUUAAUGACAAUGAUGGCUCAGAUGAUGAUAAUGACGACAAAGAUAAACCCUAUGAGCCAGAGGUGAUCCCAGUCCCAAAGCCAUUGCCUGUGAAUGAAUUCAAUUGCCCUGUAACUUUUUGUAAAAAGGGCUUUAAAUACUUUAAAAAUUUAAUUGCUCAUGUAAAGGCACAUAAGGAUAACGAAGAUGCAAAACGCUUUCUUGAAAUGCAAAGCAAAAAGGUCAUCUGCCAGUACUGCAGACGGCAUUUUGUGAGCGUCACUCAUCUGAGCGACCAUUUACAGAUGCACUGUGGCAGUAAACCAUAUAUCUGCAUACAGAUAAAGUGUAAGGCUGGGUUUAAUAGUUACGCAGAGCUUUUAACCCACCGAAAGGAACAUCAGGUCUUCAGAGCAAAGUGCAUGUUUCCUAAAUGUGGCAGAAUUUUUUCCGAAGCUUACUUACUGUAUGACCAUGAAGCUCAGCAUUACAACACCUACACAUGCAGGUUUGCAGGGUGUGGUAAGGUUUACCGUUGUCACAGUGAGCUGGAAAAACACCUGGAGGAUCAUAGUGCCCCUCCAGAAGACCAGCUUGCUGUUGGGGGCAGUGGGAGCGCGAACAUGCAGGAAAAUGCUGGGCAUGAGAUAACAGCACUUCCUACAGAAAAUACUGUUGAAAGUAACUUACCAGGAGGUAGAAAUGAUGAUGGGAAUAAAAGCCAAACAGAGUCAGCUGCAACUAAUCAUGACCAGGUCCCUGCCUCUGAAGUCAGGCAAGCUGAUGGACCACUGUCAGAUGGUUUGGAAAGCCCUGCUGCUGCUGUUCUUCAGGCCAAUGAAGUGGCUGUGUCCAUCAAAGUGUCUCUCAACCAAGGGAUUGAGAAUAACUUUGGGAGGCAAGAAAGCUUAACUGUGAAAGGCUCUGGAGAGUCACCAGUCACACAUUUACAUAAACCAGCUGAAGGUGCUGGUAGUGAUUUGUGUCAUCCAGGUUUCCAAGAGAGAAAAGAACACAGUUGCUUUAGUGAAGCCCAAAUUGCUCAGAAAUCUUUAGUCAAUACAGAAACCCUCAAGAUAGGUGAGUUUAAUCCACAAGACUUAGAAAGACGAGUGAACAGUCUGAUGACAUUUCCUGUGCAGGAUGAAGUGGGAGCUCAGAGCCAUUCGCCAGCUUCCAGGUGUGAGUGUGGGGGUGAUGCAGAAGUGUCCCCCAGCCUCUAUGAUUUACCUCUUAAGACAUUAGAAAGUGUUGCAUUUGUUCCACCACAGCCCAACCUAAGUGAUUCAUUAGGAACUCCGUCAGUGCCUCCAAAAGUGCCAGCUCAGAAGUUCAGCUGCCAGGUUGAGGGAUGUACUCGAACCUACAACUCUUCACAGAGCAUUGGGAAGCACAUGAAGACAGCACAUCCUGACCAAUACGCUGCUUUCAAAAUGCAGCGCAAAGCUAAAAAAGGUCAGAAAUCUAACAACUUAGGUACACCAAAUAAUGAAAAGUUUGUUUAUUUUUUUCCAACACAAGUGAGCAGCCCUAAUAAUGCUUUUUUUACACCACAGACCAAAGCCAGUGGGAACCCUGCUUGUUCAGCUCAGUUGCGGCAUGUCUCGCCUUCCAUUUUUCCAGGUCAUUUAGCAAGUGUGUCAGCUCCAUUGUUGCCCUCAGUGGAAAGCGGCAUAAGUCCCAGUGCACCUUCUCAGGAUAAAAGUGAGUCAGAAGGCGGUCUGUUCUGUGCUCAGAUGGAGGGCUUAGCUCCCACACCUUUGCCUGCACCAGUGGACGAUCUCACCAAAUCAGCUUUGCCUUUGAAUCUUAACAGCAGCUCAGACCCUUUUCUUCCCGUACCUGCAGAAAGCACUUCCCUCUUCCCUCCACCAGCAGACAGUGGAACGAGCGCUAGUUUUUCCCAGUUGGAAAGUAAUGUAAGCUCUUAUACCUCACAGAUGGAAAGAAACACAAACUAUUCCUUUCUAAAGGAAAGCAGUGGUGAAAAUGCAGCUUUUCCUUCACAAGUGGGCAUUACAGGUGACUUCAGCAGCACCAGUGCCCAACAGUCUGCAUCUGAGAAAGUCAAGAAAGAUCGCGGUCGGGGCCCCAAUGGGAAGGAGAGGAAACCCAAGCACAACAAGAGGGCUAAGUGGCCUGCUAUCAUCCGAGACGGGAAGUUCAUCUGCAGCAGGUGUUACAGGUCUUUCACUAACCCCAGGUCACUGGGUGGACACUUAUCUAAGAGGUCUUACUGCAAACCACUGGAUGGAGCAGAAAUUGCUCAAGAACUUCUGCAGAAUAAUGGACAGCCUUCCCUGCUGGCCAGCAUGAUUCUUUCCACAAAUGCAGUGAAUUUGCAGCAGCCACACCAGUCUACAUUCAGUUCAGAAGCUUGUUUUAAAGAUCCAUCAUUCCUACAACUUCUUGCUACUGAAAAUCACUCAUCAGCAUUUUUGCCAAGUUCAUUUCCCCGAUCUGGUGUGAGUAGCUUUAAUGCCAGCGUUGGUGGAGAAGGCAGUGAGAUCAUUAAGCAGGCUCUAGAGACGGCUGGCAUUCCCAGUACAUUGGACAGUGCGGAAGUGCUUCCUCAGGUUGUCCCAGCAGGUUGUGUCUCGGAUGCCGAACAAGUAAACUCAACGGUGAUGCCAAGUCCAACUGUGACACCCUUGCUACAGACUAUUUGUCACCCAAAUACCUUGCUGACCAGCCAGGAUAGAACCCCCAACUCCAAAUCCUCUGCCAUGGAGGAAUGUAGCAGUGUGCCUGUUUUCCCAGCAAGUGACUUACUACUGAAGACGGUUGAAAAUGGCUUGUGCUCGAAUUCUCUCACGAGCCCCACUGGACCAUCACAGGAUUUCACUAGUAAUAGCUUACGUGCUUCCGUUAUAAGUGCUCCUCAAAGCACAAGACCCAGUCAUGUAAAUAAAAAGGGAAAUAGUGCAUCUAAAAGAAGAAAGAAAGUUGCUCCUCUAUUACUUACACCGAAUGCUUCCCAAAACUUGGUACCAAGUGACUUAACAGCAAUGGGACUUACAGCAAAGAAUAUUGAGGUCUCUUCUAAUAACCUUCAUUCAAACAUCAUUCCAAACUGUGAACCUCAGGGCUCGGUGGGAAAUCUAACACAAAAAUUAAAUAAUAUUGACAAUCAGUUGUUUAUGACUGAUGUAAAAGAGAACUUUCAAACCAGUCUUGAAUCUCAUACAUUAGCCCCUUUAACACUGAAAACUGAAAAUGGUGCUUCGCAGGUGGCGGCCCUGAACUCAUGUGGGUCUGUGAGUUCUGAUCUGCAGAUUUCUGAAGACAGUGUUAUGCAGAACUUUGAAAAGACCCUUGAAAUUAUUAAAAGUGCUAUGAAUUCUCAAAUGCUUCAAGUAAAAAGUGAAUCUCAGGGUGCUGGUGAAACGCCACAGCAUGCUCAGAUUGAUUACAGCAUGCAGCUUCCUUCAGUAAACCCUGUACCAAAUCACAAACUACCUGAUUCUUCUAAGGUUUCCUCUUUAGUAUAUAUGCCAUCAAAAAGUAACAUUACUCAGGCUGAAAUAUUACCCAAGGAGGAUCAAAUACAGGAAAUAUUAGAAGGUUUGCAAAAAUUAAAAUUAGAAAGCGACCUAUCUACUCCAGCUUCCCAGUGCAUGCUAAUAAACACAGCAGCAUCACUGACACCACCACCUCCUCCUCCUCCUCCUGCUAAAUCAGUCCCAAGUAUAAAAGUUGUACAGCCAGUUUCUGAGAUAGCAAAUGUUCAGCUUAGCGAGAGAGUUAGUAAACCUUUCGUGUGUCAGAACCAAGGCUGCAACUACAGUGCCAUGACAAAGGAUGCCCUCUUUAAGCACUAUGGUAAAAUCCAUCAGUACAGCCCAGAGAUGAUUCUUGAAAUUAAGAAGAAUCAGUUAAAAUUUGCUCCAUUUAAAUGUGUAGUACCUACAUGUACAAAAACAUUUACAAGAAACUCUAAUCUCCGGGCACAUUGUCAGUUGGUACAUCAUUUUACAACAGAAGAAAUGGUAAAGUUAAAAAUAAAAAGGCCAUAUGGAAGAAAGUCUCAGAAUGAAAACUUGUCAGCCCCACGAAUUACUCAGGUGAAGAAAGAGCCUUCUACGACAGAGGAAGAUAAAGCUGAAUUCCAGCCUGUGUCAGAAUUACAAACAGUGACAGAAAAUGCUCUCAGUAAUGUAGCAGUGAUUCCAGAUAAACAUCUUCCAGAAAAAAAAAGUCCUGAGAAAUCAGAGAGUUCUUCACAACCAGUUACAGUCACUUCUGAACAACACAUCACAAAUUCUCCCACAAAUACACAAACCAAAGGACGAAAAAGUAGGAGGCAUAGGAAAGAAAAGGAGGAAAAAGGACGGAAGAAACCAGCUCCCCAGGCCUUUGAAUUUCCCACGAGGUACAGUCCCUACCGACCCUACCGCUGUGUCCACCAGGGAUGCUUCGCCGCCUUCACGAUACAGCAGAACCUGAUCCUUCAUUACCAGGCUGUUCACAAGUCAGGCCUGCCCGCACUUCCUGCAGAAGUUGAAGAGGAAGGGGAAGCUGCCAAAGAAAGUGAGGAGGCUGAAAGUGAGCACGCCCUGAAGGAGUUUAGGUGCCAGGUGAGUGACUGCUCUCGCAUUUUCCAAGCAAUCACUGGCUUAAUACAGCACUACAUGAAACUUCACGAAAUGACUCCUGAGGAAAUUGAAAGUAUGACUGCUGCUGUGGACGUGGGCAAGUUUCCUUGCGACCAGCUGGAAUGCAAGUCUUCAUUUACAACCUAUCUCAACUAUGUGAUUCAUCUUGAGGCAGACCAUGGGAUUGGAGCCAGGACAGGUAGGACAGAUGAAGAUGGUAUAUACAAGUGUGAUUGUGAGGGUUGUGACCGGAUAUAUGCCACUCGGUCUAAUCUCCUCCGGCACAUUUUUAAUAAGCAUAAUGACAAGCAUAAAGCUCAUCUGAUUCGGCCAAGAAAGUUAACAGGCCAGGAAAAUAUGUCAAGUAAGGCAAACCAAGAAAAGUCGAAAUCCAAACAUCGUACAGCAAAACAUAGCCGUCCAGGGAAGGAAGGAGUAAAAGUGCCUAAGACCAAGCGAAAGAAGAAAAGUGAUUUAGAAAACAAGAAUGCAAAAAUUGUACAGAUUGAAGAAAAUAAACCCUAUUCUCUGAAACGUGGAAAGCAUGUAUAUUCUAUAAAGGCUAGAAAUGAUGCCUUGUCAGAGUGUACAAGCAAAUUUGUAACCCAGUACCCGUGUAUGAUAAAAGGAUGUACUUCAGUUGUUACAAGUGAAAGCAACAUAAUUAGACAUUAUAAAUGCCACAAAUUAUCUAAGGCAUUCACAUCACAACACCGGAAUCUCCUUAUUGUCUUCAAACGGUGUGGUGAUUCACAAGCAAAGGAAACUUGUGAGCAAGGUGAUCAGAAUGCUAUAAAAGAGUCUGACACACUCGUGUUUGAGAAAAGUGAUGACUCAAGAACAACUGUUCCAGGGAAGGAAGUUGGAAAAAAUGAAAAAGAUGAGAUGGAUGAGCUAACAGAAUUAUUUAUUACAAAAUUAAUAAAUGAAGAUAGCACAAGUAUGGUGACCCAAGCUAAUACCACUUCUAACGUAAACAAUGAAUUUCAGGAAAAAAACCCCUGCCAGUCUGAAAGACAAAAAGCAGAUAAUUCAAAGAGAGUUAAUAAAGAAAAACAUGUCCUGCAAAAUAAAAAAAGGAAAGUUGAAAAGGCUGGUGCAGAAUUAGCAGUAGAGGUGAAUAACAUUCAUAAGGAGGAGGAGACUGCUGUGGCUAUCCAGACCUCUGAGGAGCACCCUGCGUCCUUUGACUGGAGCUCCUUUAAACCAAUGGGAUUUGAAGUGUCAUUCCUGAAGUUUCUUGAGGAGUCUGCUGUAAAGCAGAAGAAAAAUAGUGACAAAGACCAUCCAAACAGUGGGACUAAAAGAUCCCAUUCCAACUCCCGAAGACACACAGAUAAGAGUGCCGUGCCGAGUGGGAACCCUGUGUGCUUCUGUAGAGAAAGUGAAAUCUUUGUCGAGUUUGCCAAUCCCUCACAGCUUCUGUGCAGUGAUAAUGUAAAAAUUGUUUUAGACAAGACUCUCAAAGACUGCACAGAACUUGUCCUGAAGCAGCUUCAGGAAAUGAAACCUACCGUCAGUCUGAAAAAACUUGAAGUAUGUUCAAAUGAUCCAGACAGGUCUGUUUUGAAAGAGGUCAGUGCAGGUAAAGCCACAGGCAGGGGGCAGUACUGAUGAUUUGUGAGCUGUAGUUAGGAAGCCAUCAAGCAUGCUGUGAUUGUGAAGCUGUUUUAAUUUUUUUGUUGUUGUUGACAUGAAUUAACAUAGCCCCAAAAGGAAAAAGGAAAAAAAAAAAUAACCAUGACAUUGUCAUGUAGAACUUUAUUUAUCCCUAUGACAUUGUCAUGUAGAACUUUAUUCAUCCCUAUGGGACUUCAGUUGUGUAAAUAAUUGAGUUAUAAGCCAAGUUUCUAUCAGUCACCCAGCUGUCCUUUUCAUGAACUGGACUGCAUUAUCUGUGUGAUGGGUAUGUUUCACCAGGUCACUGCUCAUAUGUCACAGUAUUCUUCAUUUGUAGAUAGAGUUUUGUAUAUAUUUAUUAUUGUAAAUCAUUUGCUGUUUGCUGCCACCAGCAAUCUGUAAGUCUAAAAUAUUAAAUGAUACAUUUAUACUGGGAAUUUUAAUUUUAACUAAAUGAUCAAGUUUUUAAAACUUCUUUUAUUGUUUUAAAUUAAGAUUUUUUUUAACUAAAACUAGGCACUGCCGUAGCUAAUUGAUUUUUACCUGGAACAUGAAUUAUGAGAUGACUUUGAGGUUGUUUGACAUAGUAGACCCAUUAUGUCAACAUUCUGCUUUGUACAUUUGCCAUCCUGUAUUAUCAGGUGGAAAUCACAUGAAAUUAGAUGAUUUAGUAGUUUCCUAAGCUACAGAUUUUCUUUUUUCCAUUCCUUCUAAUUGAAGUAGUUACUAUGAGUCCAUGAAAUAUAAUGGAAAUGUGAAUAAAGACUUUAUUACAUGGAAGAUUUUAAACCUUGGUAUUUAAAAGAAAAAUCCUUUGUCAAUGUGAUAGAAACUAGUGGUGUGGAGCAGUGUAAAUAUCUGAGGUGGUGAUUUGUGAAGUAGCCCAGUGUUGCCUUAAAUAAAAUCACAUUUCAUUUCUUGUUUUAUACAUGUGAUCUUAUACAGGCUUUUUUUUCUCCCCCCAUUUUCUGAGAUUUAUAGAUGGUGGAUAGCUUUAAACUGUACAAACUUUUGUGGAAAGAGUUUUUUAAACAUUUUUAUAAAUUUUAAAAUUGGUAUCAUCAAAGUGAGCCCAUCUUGUGUUUAUAAAAUGCAAGAACCCUUAACAUUUAUAGUUACAUAGGUGAGACACUUUCUGUAAGGAAGUUGGUUGUUUGGAUUUUACUGUUUAUAGACGUUAGAUUGUACAGAUUUGUCUGUAUUUUCUUGCCGUAUCUAAUGAUAAAUCUUUCAUUAGAUUAGUCUUCAGGAUCAGUAUUAGUUUUUAACUGGUUAUUUGAUCAUUCACCACAUUUACACUGUGCAUUGAUGGCCAGAGGUAGAGGCUAUCUCUGGACAGCUGACAGCGCGCUCAUUUCAAUUCCAGCUAAAAUUGGUCCUGGAAACAAAGGAGGUAUCCUUGGAACAUUUACAUUCGUUUUGUUUGCUGGAAAUAUAUGGAAUUUUUUUUACAUUGUGUUAUAAGGCAUUUACAGUCACAAUAUUAGCCUGAGAUGAUACGAUAUUGCGAUCAUAUGAAAAUGUGUAUAUUCCCUGUACAGCUUCAGAUUUGCAGGAAAGAUUGAAGCACUUAACUGAAAUUGCUGGUACUCUGAAUAAAUGAGCAUGGUCAAGGAGUGAAUAUUUCUUUUGGAAAAUUUUGUUUAAUUUUUAUUAAAGUAUUAACAGUUUUAUUUUAGGGACAUAGUGGGUUGUUGAGUAGUUGGUUUCACCUUAAGAUUUAUUUUCAAUAUGCAUAAAACCUGCCUCAUUAAAUACUUAACCCCUUGGUAA